UCAACGUGCAGAUCUGCGGCUGCAGCCCUGCACCUGGAAUCAAACUCACGUAGGAAGCAAAUUACUGCAGAUGGCAGUGGAUACCACCAUGCCAGGUCUAGGACCCACUGUUGGGAUUUUGAAAACUGUGGUCGUCGGCAAAGUUGCACCGAGCUUCACCACGGAGCAUCCCGAAGUCAUUUAUCCGAGUGUCUACGACUUGUUCGUCUUGGAUACUUACAUACCCAUCGUUAGCCUGUACCGGUUGGACAAUACUCUUCCGUCGGCGUUCUCGGCCUUCAUCCGUAACGUGAAAGACUCUUUGAGCAAGCUUCAGAGUUUGUAUUAUCCCCUGGCGGGGAAGUGGGUUGUAGCAGAAGAUUUGAACAUACGGAAACUGCUCUGCAACGAUGAAGGAGCAGUGUUCGUGGAGGCGACGGUUGACGACGAGAUGGAUAAAUAUUUUGACUUCGCCCACGACUUCAACCCUCCCAAUGAGCUGUUCGGAGAACUUGCUAUUCCCGGAUUCUGUGCUGAAGAUGCGCACAAGAUGCCGCUGAAUAAAGAGUGGCCCAAUUUGCUUGUUCAGGUGACCGGCUUCAAGUGUGGGGGAGUUGCCCUCGUCGUAGCCUAUAACCACAUGUUCACGGAUGGGUUUGCCAUCGAUCGGUUUUUGAAGGCUUGGUCAGAAAUUGCAGCAACCGGGCACACGUCCAUGAAGCCCAAUUUCGAUCGAUCCUCGCUGCCCACAUUAUUCGACAAAGCGCAAAUGUUCGGAUUGAGUCCGGACAUGAAGAACGUGGACGAUGUGCUGGCAAACGUGUUCAGGACUUAUAACACUGCUCGGAGCUUCCGCAGUAGUCCAUAUCGAUCCGUAAGUAAGUGCUACCAGAUCCAUCCGGACGCCGUCGAGAGGCUGCGACGGAAGGCGAAGGAAGGCCAGGCCUCAGAGAGCCUGGAGCUGCCAGAACGACUCACGAAUUUUGAAUGCAUCUCGACUCAGAUGUGGCGAUGCUUCUCGAGGCUACCGGUCGUCCAUGAACACAUGACCGGCAGCGAGAAGGUAUAUUUCAGCUUUCCGAUGGAAGCAAGGGAGCGAACGUGCAAUCCACCGCUAAUGGAAGAUUUUGUCGGUAACAUGUUUGUGAUAGUGUCGCCCCCGGUCCAGACGGGCGCUGAGCUUCGCCAGAAGUCGUUUGCCUUCGCAGCAUGCAAAGUCCACGAGUCUAUUCUCGACCUGAACGCCGAUUCGGCCGAGGACCGCUGGACAACUACCACUCAUGCACGCUUGCAGAAGUCGCAGUCUGAGAACCCCGAGAGCUGCCCGACUGUUCUGCAAACUGGACUGACCUCAUGGAUCCAAUUUGCAAACUUCUACGCUCUGGAUUUCGGAUUUGGCAUCCCACUGCGCGUCACCCCAUGCAUUUUCUACACGAUUCCGGAAUUUCAUAUGGCUUAUCUUAUGCCUCCUCACCCCCAGUCCGGAGCUGUUGCUGACAUUAUGCUGCGUUUAAGCCCCAGGAUGUCUGAGUUGAUUCUUCAAGAUCCUGAUUUCCUGGAUCUAGUCUCAUAAGCCGAUCUGUGACGCGAAGUAAAUUUCCCGAGCGACUUUCGAGUCUCAUGAGAAUGUACACGACCGUUAAGUAUGUUCUGUGAUGGCGGUAUAGUUCCGCGCAUGUAAUCCCAUAGCUCUAGAGCAGUUGGUAUCCAUGAUUUCAUAGAUUGUCUUCAAAUCGUUGAAUCUGAUCCGAUCUAGUUUUAUUCAACUUAGUUUCACUAUUUACUUGUACAGUAGGGAUCGAUGAACUUUUAUAUGUAGGAAUUGCAAAUAUAUUGUUCAUAAAAGAUUUCUCUAAUUCAUGCUUGAGAUGGUUGCCAA